AUGAAGUACGCUGUUGGGUUAGUCCUGGCUGCCCUUGCCGUGACUGCCGCUCACGCUGGCCAUUUGCAAAAUCUUCGCGCCAACAAGGAGGAUGAACUUGCGAGUAAGGGUUUGUUGGAGGACGAAACGGACGCCGGCCUGAAUGACGAACCCGCGAAGAAGAAGGAUGCCCUCAUGGUGACGGUCAAGGGCCCGGCUGGCAGUGACGACAUAAAAAUCAACAUCAUGGACCUGAUCGGCAGUGGAAGUGGCCAAGCCGACAUACUCGACGUUGUGUCUGCCGAAUUAAAAACUCCAUCGUAUGCAUGGCUUCGGACCGCUGGAGAUAAGGACCCUAUCGCCGGGAAGGGUGCGAACGAUGGAAGUGCAGAAGAUCUUUCGUGGCUGUCGAGUGAAGAAUCUGGAAACGAGGACCCUGCCGGUACGAAGGGCAGUAUGUCGGACGCCGAGAUUGAGAAAUUUUUGCAGCAGUUGCUUAGUGAUGGAUCUGGAGAGGGGGACCAUCUUGGUGCGAAGGGUGGUGCAGGUGAUCCGCUUGGUGCGAAGGGUGGUGCCAAGGGAGCUUUAUCAUUGGAGGACGAGGAAGAAGAAGAGGAAGUUGACCCAAUCGGUGCAAAGGGUGGUGCAGGUGAUCCGCUUGGUGCGAAGGGUGGUGCCAAGGGAGCUCUAUCAUUGGAGGACGAGGAAGAAGAAGAGGAAGUUGACCCAAUCGGUGCAAAGGGUGGUGCUAAGGGAGCCCUAUCAUUGGAGGACGAGGAAGAAGAAGAGGAAGUUGACCCAAUCGGUGCAAAGGGUGGUGCAGGUGACCCUCUUGGUGCGAAGGGUGGUGCCAAGGGAGCUCUAUCAUUGGAGGACGAGGAAGAAGAAGAGGAAGUUGACCCAAUCGGUGCAAAGGGUGGUGCAGGUGACCCUCUUGGUGCGAAGGGUGGUGCCAAGGGAGCUCUAUCAUUGGAGGACGAGGAAGAAGAAGAGGAAGUUGACCCAAUCGGUGCGAAGGGUGGUGCAGGUGACCCUCUUGGUGCGAAGGGUGGUGCCAAGGGAGCUCUAUCAUUGGAGGACGAGGAAGAAGAAGAGGAAGUUGACCCAAUCGGUGCAAAGGGUGGUGCAGGUGACCCUCUUGGUGCGAAGGGUGGUGCCAAGGGAGCUCUAUCAUUGGACGACGAGGAAGAAGACGAGGAAGUCGACCCAAUCGGUGCGAAGGGCGGGGACAAGUCUACGAAGGCAUCCAAGUCAACGAAGGCGGGUGCUGAAGGCGGCUCGCUUGCUGGGCUAUUUGACGAAGGCACGGACGGCCUUGUUGGCGAUGAAGGAGAGUCAGUCCCUUUGAUGGCGGGCGGCAAGAAGGGCACGAGCCCGGCCGUUGAGAACGAGCCUGUUUUUAGCGAGGCUGACUUGGACGACAGCCCCAUGCAGUCGGAACUAACUGGCACCAAGGACUCUAAGGCCACGAAGUAG